CGCGAUUGAGUCACGGUGGAGCUGCCAAUGUUCCACGGUUAGAGGGCCAGGAUUCGAGGAAAGCCAGUGGUGUCAUGGCGAACGAUUUCUUUUCAACCCCUCACUGACUCAGCAACGUCUGAUGAGACCAAUCGCCCCACUUCACUUCACAACAUCCCAGAUACUCCAACAUACUUGAAGGACGCAGAAAGCUGCUCAUCAUGGCACGGAACUUACGGAAACGGAAAGCCCCAGAAAUGGAGAGAGAGAGAGAUCUCCGCGUCAUCUCCCAAACGCAAGACCAAGGCCACCAUCAGGAAGGAAGAGAAACUAGAUCCCCCACCACAGACCACCAACGGUUUCGAUCCCUACAAAACGUACAAAGUCUAUCGCCUCAUUGAGCCAGGCCCCGUUCUACUUGUCACAACUGGAGUAACCAACCCAUUCCUUUGACCCACGCACCGCGCUCCCUAUUCCACUGGUCGGGAGAAUGAGACAUGCUCCCGGCUCUCUCCCGGCUCCCUUCCCUCCAAAGAAACAGGUUGCUAAUUCGUUGAAGUCACUGGCCGACGGAACUCAUAACAUCAUGACCAUUGGUUUCCACAUGGUAAUACAGCACAAAGCCCCACCUCUAAUUGGCAUCUCGUUGGGGCCCUGGGACGCCUCAUUCACAGCUUUGAAGGAGCAGCGACAAUGCGUCCUGACCGUGCCCUCUGUAGAGAUGGCUGAAGUUGUCGUUGACAUCGGGAAUUGCUCCAAGGAUGAUGAGGACCUGAAAGAGACCAGCAAAUGGGAUCGCUUUGGGCUGAAUGCACUCCCUGCUGAGAAGGUCAAGGCCCCGCUGGUGGGCGGGGCGCAUGUCAUUGCUAAUAUCGAGUGUGUGGUUAAAGAUACGAAAAUGGUUGCAAGUUACGGAAUGUGGGUUCUAAAACCGGUGAAGGCGUGGAUCAAUCCGAAUAUGAAACCGGGAGAGGGAGGGAAGAUGUUCCAUCAUCGCGGGGAUGGCACGUUUGUGGUUGAUGGAGAGGUCUUGGAUCUGAAGGAUCGGAUGGUCAAAUGGCAGGAGUUCUAAGAUUGAUUAACUUCUUGGGCUGGUUCUGACGCCUCUCUAGCACGGAAUAUAUGAGCCCUUAACGUAGGCGUUCCGUAUUAAGUCAACUGGGUGCGGCUGAUCAACCUACCCAGCGGCCUGUGAUAGAUGAGUGCAAGGGAUAUGUACAGCUACUGCCCAUGUCGAUUCACGUUAUGUUACACGACAGCAUUUGGCAGCACGGGAAGUAUGUGCACCUGCAUGCAGUCAUCGAAAAGAGGCAUCUCCCCAGGGCA